GAAAUUAACAAAGCUGAACAACUGAGAUUACAGAAAGAAGAUGAAGAAAGGAGGCUGAAAGAGGAAGAGGAAGCCCGAUUGCAAGCUGAAAAAGAAGCAGAAGCCAGACUUGAAAAGGAGAGAAUUGAACAAAAGCAGAUGGAAAAGCUUGUGGCAAAAAAUCAAGAACGAAGGGAGUCUGAACUAGCAGAACUUCAUUCACUGGAACAGGAGUUUUUGUCUGCACAGCAGUGGAAAACAGAAUACAGAGCCCAUGCAAAGCGGGAGCAUUACCUCAAUUGUGAUGGAAGUCCUGACCCAACUGUGCUGCAGGAAAUAAAUACUUUCAUGAGCUUAUGGCAUGAAGAUCAAAAUGAGGGCAUUCAACUUGUGAUGAAGAAGGGGGAACAGGUGCUAAAUUUAAUUGAGAAGUUGCAGUUUCUUUUACUGGAAACGCCACCAAAUAAGAUAACAGAAAAAGAAACUGUCCAGUACCAGGAAUCUAUUCUGGAACUGCAGAAUCUGCUUCAUGAGAAGUACAAUGGAGCAACAGAACAACUCCUUAAAACAGCUAAUAUGUAUGAAGAUUCUGAAACUGGAAAUAUGGAGGCAGUCUUAAAGGAUAAAAAUGUUACUUUCUGUAUUUGGGCCAAUCUGAAGAAGAAAGGAAGAUUCAAAAAUCACAUUUUUAAUGAUGCACAGUAUGGAUUUGAUCUUCCAAAGUCACUGGCUCUGAGCAGUGUUGCUGUUUGCAUAUUGCAUACUUCUUAUGACCACGUAUCUCCAGUCUGGCUGCGGUGUCAGAGAGUGCCGAAACUGGAAGUCCUUGAUAACGAUAAGUCAACUCAGCAUUCAAAAGACAAUGUAGAAGAACCAGCAGAAGAGGAAAAGAAAGGCAGAGAAGAGCCCAAUGUGCCCUCUGGAAAAGAAAUGUGUUCUGAGGGGAGAAAGAGUGUUGUUGCCUCGGUCAAAGAAAAGAGCAAUAGCGUAGCUGAUAAAAAUGAGACAGAGAAGGAAACUGAGAAGAAAUCAGAAAUCUUGGAUGUACUGUCACAAGUUCAGGAUCCACUGAUGCAGGAAGAGGCGAAUGAAAAAGAAGAGGUGGUAACCAAUGAAAACAUUGUUGACAUGGAACGGUUUGUGCUGGUGUGCGGCGUGUACCACAUCGAUGCACUGCAGCUGCCACCUCAGGUCAAACAAAUCAAGGACUGGGGCAUGGUGGAGGUACAUUAUGUGGGCUUGGAGGCAUACCCAUAUGCCCUGGAAGAGGCUGAAGAUGCCACACAGCCACCAAUACAGAUCACCCUUAGGCCUUCUGACAAAGCAAUGUAUUUUCAGGAUCCUGUGAUAGCCUGAUGGGAUCCUGCAGGCCAACAGUGGAGAACUGAUGGCAUCAGCAACACAACACACGAGCCACAAGAAAAGAGCGUCACCUUUGGGAUGGAUGCCUUUUAUACAAUAGCACUUCUCCAGGAUGCUCAUGUCCACAUGCCGUAUCAGGCAUGGGAAUUGCGACCUACAGGCAUAGAUGAAGCACUUCUUGUAGUUACUACAACAUUUGCAACAAUUCAGAUACAAAUUAAGGAUAACCAAUGUAUGUUGUCUUCAGUGGUGGUGGAAAAGAAGAAUGUGCUUUCCCAUAUCACAGGAAAAUGGCUAAGUCCAGUUGUCCUAAGAGCAGUUUUGAAAAAAGCUGGUAUGAAUAUUUUCCCAGGAGAGCAUUCAUACAAGUAUGUCUCUGUGCACAAGAAGAUUCCUCUAGCAGAAGUUAGGGCCUAUCAACAGAUGGCACUGGUUGCAUCUGCUUUUGCCUCAAGCAAGUGGAAUCAAGAAGUAGGUCAAGAGCAAGUAGUGUUCAAGGUAAGUGAGCAUCUUAAAGCAGAUUCUGUCAAAGACAAAGACUGGUCUCUUUACCUGUUUAAUGGCCAGAAAGCACAAAAGCUCGAGAUCACUGAAACCAGUGAAGCUUUUUCAGAAGAGCUAGAAGAAGAUACUGAAUUUCACUCCACACUCUACCAUAUGCUUAAGGACUUUGCCAGCAAAGAAGCAAUUGCUAAAGUGGAAACAGCAAGCUUCCUGGUGACUGAUGUUGUGUAUGAGCUACUCCUUGCUACAAGAGUUUUAAUGUAUUCUUAA